AUGACUUCCACUGCGCUGCCUGCCGAGGCAGCUCUUCGUCGUCUGGCGACCGCCGACUCGACUCCCACCUCCUCUGCCAACAUCUCACCUCUCGAUAGUCCGAGAUCCUCCCCUUCCUCAACCUCCUUGUCCUCGCUUGCCUCGGAAGACGCUGCCGCUCAGCCUCUUAAGCACAGCCCGGAAAAGAAGCAGUUGCUCGAUACCUAUGGCAACCCCUUCGAGGUGCCUGACUUCACCAUCAGCGAUAUCCACAAAGCAAUCCCCCGGCAUUGCUUCCAAAGAUCUGCCGCCACCGGUCUGUACUAUGUUGCUCGAGAUGUCACCUCUCUCGCUGUUACCUUCUAUCUCUUCAACCGCUUUUUGACCCCUGAGAAUGUUCCGUCCGCCCCGUUAAGAGCUGGUUUGUGGUUUGUGUACACUGUUGUGCAAGGCCUUUUCGGUACCGGUUUGUGGGUGCUGGCUCAUGAGUGUGGCCAUCAGUCAUUUUCACCCAGUAAGAUCCUGAACGACACAGUUGGCUACUUCUGCCACACUGCGCUUUUGGUGCCGUAUUUCUCUUGGAAAAUCUCUCAUGGCAAGCAUCACAAAGCCACCGGUCACAUGGAGCGAGACAUGGUCUUCGUCCCUUCGACGAAAGAGCAAUACUUCAGCCGAAGAGGACAGUUCCUACAUCAGCUCGAUGAGCUGACCGAAGAGACGCCAAUUGCAACUGCGUACCACUUGAUCACUCAACAACUCUUUGGCUGGCCCAUGUACUUGUUCACCAACGUCACCGGCCACAACAAGCACGAAGUCCAACGUGAGGGCCGUGGGAUUGGCAAACACAAUGGGUUUGGAGGUGGAGUCAAUCAUUUCGACCCUGCCAGCCCGCUGUACGAGGCCAAAGAUGCCAAGCUGAUUUUACUGAGUGAUUUGGGUCUUCUCGCGGUCGGAAGCAUCCUUUUCUGGGUCGGCCGAACUUAUGGUCUCUCCAACCUGUUUGUCUGGUAUAUUGCUCCAUACUUGUGGGUCAAUCAUUGGUUAGUGGCGAUUACUUACCUGCAACACACGGACCCCUCCCUCCCCCACUAUACACCCGAGAUGUGGACAUACACCAGGGGAGCCGCAGCCACAAUUGAUCGGGAAUUUGGGUUCGUUGGGCGCCAACUAUUCCACGGAAUCAUCGAGACCCAUGUCCUUCACCAUUAUGUCAGCACCAUUCCAUUUUAUCACGCUGAUGAGGCUAGCGAAGCUAUCAAGAAGGUGAUGGGUCGUCAUUAUCGCAGUGAUACCAGGGACGGGUCUUUGGGCUUUUUGAAGAGCUUGUGGAAGUCCAUGAGAUGGUGUGGCUGGGUUGAACCCAUGGAAGGUGCCACUGGGGAUGACGCGGGCGUGCUGUUCUUUCGCAACAGGAACGGGUUGGGUGUGUCUGCUCAGACAACGAAACCUGCAGUGUCGUGA